AUGGCCGGCAAUGACCAGAGGCUCAAAGUGUUGACACUUCAGAAGUGGCACCAAAACAAAAGCGAACUUAAACUGCCGGCCGAUCACGGCUUCGAUCCCAAAGUGUUGGCCCGAUCUUUCAUAAAACCCGAGUCGAUCUUCCAGUGCGCCAAAAGUCACGAAGACGUGAUGGACGCCACUCUCAACAGCAACGACGACUCGUACGGCGCGCCCGUCUCUCCCGGUGUGGAGCGGUAUGACUACGACGACGACGACAUACCCACCGGUGGCUUCACUGAUCCCCUCGAGUUGGGUCAUAGCGUUCCGCUAUCGCAGCUCAACACCAAUGCGUUCACCGGUGAUAAUCUGGUGGAACAGCCGUACGAUCUCCAGAAUAUUCACAUUGAUUUCGCCAAAUUUGCCAAAAAGAUGGACGUAAAGCGGUUGAAGCGCGCGAUGUGGGACGUCAUCAGUCCUCUCAAUCCUCCUACCACUCCACUCACUCCUGAGGCCAAUAGACCGAUGAGUCCGGAAACUAUUAGUUUCACGACUCUGUAUAAAGAUUUGCCGCCAAAGAUCACGCCAGUGAUGGCCCAAAACCUAAGCACACCCAUCGCUUUCGUCACACUAUUACAUCUGUGUAACGAAAGGAAUCUGAAACUCGUGGGAACCGAAGAUCUCUCGGACUUUGUUAUCCAAACUGAAGUUCUCUGUAAUACCAAUUGAGAACUCGAGUA